AUGAGAUUCUCGUACUCGACCAUAUCCAGCAUCGUUGCAACGUUGUUUGCCAGCUCCCUGCUUGCCUCGAACGCCGAUGCAGUCGUGCCAACAUACAAGCCAUACGAAGGAAAGAUCUCGGAAGACGCCUUCUUCGAGCAAUUCGACCUUGGCUGGAAAUCGAGAUGGAUCCCGUCUGCCGCCAUGAAAGAUGACAAGCUCUCCUACGUCGGAGAAUGGGCCGUGGAGGAGUCGUUUGUUUUGAAUGGUGUCAAGAACGAUAAAGGCUUGGUUGUCAAGACCGAGGCGGCCUUGCACGCCAUCAGCGCCAGACUCCCUCACGUCUUCGACAACACAAAUAACACCCUUGUGUUGCAAUACGAGGUGAAGUUCCAGAAGAGCUUAAAUUGCGGUGGUGCCUACAUCAAGCUUUUGAGUGAGAAGGGCCUCCAAUACGAUUCCGAGAACAGUCUCGAAUUCAGCGACAAAACUCCGUACGUUAUCAUGUUUGGGCCUGACAAGUGUGGUGCAGACAACAAGGUCCACUUCAUCAUCAAAACCCUCAACCCUAAAACAAACGAAUACGAAGAACACCAUGUCAAGGCUCCGCCAAUGGCUAGAAUGGUGCAGACAACCUCUCUCUACACCUUGAUUGUCAAGCCCAACCAAGAUUUCGAAAUCAGAAUCAACGGUGUCAUCGCAAGAUCGGGCUCUUUGCUCAACCCAGACGACUUUGACUUAGUUCCAGCGAAGGAGAUCAUCGAUGAAAAUGACGUUAAGCCAGAGAACUGGGUCGAACAGGAAUUCAUUGUCGACCCUAACGAUACCAAGCCAGAAGACUGGGACGAAAAUGCUCCUUACUUAAUCCCAGAUCCAGAAGCUACAAAGCCUGCGGACUGGGAUGAAAAUGAGCCUGAGGAGAUCCCAGAUCCAACCGAUCUCAAGCCAGAAGGUUGGGAUGACGAAGAAGAUGGAUUCUGGGAACCUGUCAUGAUUGAUAACCCAGAGUGUGAAAACCACGGCUGUGGCAAAUGGAUCAGACCAAAGAUCAAAAAUCCAGACUACAAAGGGAAGUGGACUCCAAGAAAGAUUGCAAACCCUGAAUACAAGGGUGAAUGGGCACCAAGAACAAUUCCAAAUCCUGAUUACUACGAGAUCAUCAGCCCAUCUGACUUCGAGCCUAUCGGUGGUUUAGGUUUCGAGAUCUGGACAAUGGAUGACCAUAUUUUAUUUGAUAACAUCUACCUCGGACAUGAAAUUAGCGAGGCAGAACAAAUUGCCAAUGCAACUUUCAUUCCAAAAUUGAACUCCGAAAAUGAAUUGGUGAUUAUGAGUGAUCCAAACGUCGAAAAGACCUCAUCCCCAGAUGAUCCAUAUCUACAAUCCGCAAUCGUAUCCGAUAUGUAUGAGUAUGCUCUUGACAACAUUGGCAAAUUUUUGGGUGACUUGAAGUACUAUGUCGCAGAUGUUAUCGAAAAGCCAUUCGAGACUCUCGGACAAAGACCAGGAGAGGCAUUUUUCUUUUCAUCUGUCAUUGUGGGAACAAUCGGUACAGUAGUAGGCUUCUGGACCCUGAUUAUCAACCUUUCUCUCAGCAUGAUCAACAGCUACUUUGAAGACGACAAGACAGCCUAUGUGGGACCAUCCUCAUCUGUAAAAAAGAACACCGCUAAAGGCAACUCAAAAUUAGAGGUCAUUGAGGAGAAGGAGGGAACCAAAGGUUCUAAGGCUAAUGAGACAACUGCAAAGAAGCGUUGA